AAAGCUGAUGUGUGCAUUUUGUGUCCCUCUGCCACAGAUGUUGCCAGCAGCUGGAGCUGAAGAUGAAGGACAGACUGGAGGAAUUGAGGAUCCGAGUUAAUGAAGAUGAGGACUCUUUGGAUAUUGAUGAUACUCUCUCAUUUGAUAACCCUGUUUUCAAGGAGGAUGAGACCAAUCCCAUGAGCAAGAUAUUCCAGGAAGUGUCAGACAUCUCGCUGGGCCUGAGUAAACUGGAGGAGUUAUCAGAGAGCAUCCACAAGACGCAGCAGCGGGUGCUGUGCUGCACCACCGAGGAGAGCGUUUAUGAAGAAAAGAAAGAGCUAAGUAACAUUAAAGCCUCCUUCACUAGUCAGGCUAAAGUCAUCCAGCCUCAGCUCUAUGGGAUUCAAGACACACUGGCCCGAGACAGCAAACAGUGGCUGGCAGGAUACCGCAUCCACCAGAGCCAGCUCUCCGUCCUAAUCAGCCGGUACCGAGACAUUAUCACUCACCAUUAUGCCAAGGAGAUGGAGUACGUUGAGAAGUUGAAGGAGCAGAUCAUAAGGCAAACCGAGCUGGCGGGCUUAAGCCUAUGUGAAGAGGACAUUAAUCAGCUAGUGGAAAGCCCUGUGGCUCCUCGGAUUGUGGGCCAGGACCUGGAAGUGCUCAAGGCCAAGCAGCACUUGGCCAUGGCUCACGUACGCCACCAACAGCUGCUGGACCUAGAGGCCCAGAUCAGUGAGCUGCACUCGCUCUUCCUGCACUUGGAGGUGCUGGUUUCAGAGCAGCACGAAGUCAUCAACAACAUUGAGUACAACGUCCUGCAUACACUUGAUUACGUGUCCCAGUCCAACGAGGAGGUGAAGAAAGCCCUGAAGUAUGAGCGCCAGUCGCGGAUCUCGGCAGCACUGUCAGCGGUGCUGGGCCUCUGUGCCUGUUGUACGUGCUUAUCAUGCGUAGCUGGCACAGUGUAGUGAGACGGACACAGACUCUGCAAGGGAAGGGGGUGGCUACCUUACAUGGAACCUUACAGGGGGUGGCUACCUUACAUGGAACAGCCGGGCUCUUUGAGAGCAGUGAGCAUGGAUUAGCCCCGCAGACUCAUUGGAAGGGAGUCUCCCAUGAUUUGGAUGGAUUUGAAGGCAGGUUUUAUUGUAUCUUUCAUAUGAAGAAGGAUUUUACUGAGUAUUUCGAUAGGACUCUAGCAAUCAAGCUCAUGUUUCCACUAUUCUUUGAUGAUGGCAUGUUCUAUCUUCAACAGUGUCCUUAAGACAUUUAAUAUAUGUUAAUAAGAAAGGCAUAUUUGAGUUUCUGAUCAAAUAUAGCCUUUUUUAAAAAAGAAAAUACAACUUUGCAUAAAAAAGCCCCUGCUAAAACUUGCAUUGUAUCAUCAGUCAUUAUAAAGCACACAAAGAAACACAACAGCUCAGUUUCCCAGGUUGAUUAUAAUGCUCCUCCACCCAGGUUUAAAACCGUAAUCUCUGCACUUUGUCAAGUUUUUAUUACUUGGAUUUUUAAUAUGGGGUUGACUCAGUGUUUGUCGUGUUUUGUUGUAAAACAAGCAAGUGUUUAGGAUUGCAAAAUGCUUCCAGUCCUGGUGCCAUCGCUCUCCCAGUGGCUGGAAAUACCUGCAGUAUGAAUGAAGUGUAUUGAUGUUUACGUAAGUAGUUUUUGUUUCAAACUCCUGUUACAGGGCUGUGCUUUCCUUCACACUGUAUAUGUGGAUUUGAAAUGAGGGGAAAGGAUUAAAUGCAACAGUGGUUUUUAAUCCUUUGCAAUUCCGUUUUAUAGUUUUCUGGUGGAGCUGCCAUCAGGCACAAUUUCAGACUUGUUCUUUCAUUUGAUUCACUUUCUGGUUCCAUGAUACUUUCAAGAUUAAUAGAAACAAAAACAGCUCUUAUUAUGUUAUCAGUAAUUUUACAGUUGUCCAUUUAGUGCUCACUGACCAUGCAGGCUAACAAUAUUACAGCUCAAAAUUCAAGUUUCAUGUACCUAUUGAUUCAGAGUAGUGCAAAAGUAAUGCAUGUGAGCACGUAGGCAAAAACUCUCAGGGCUGUUUUCCCAAGGAUCUAAUCUGAUCUAAUCUAAUCUAGUCAUCUUCAUAAGAAUGCAGUCUAAUGUUGUUAGAGAGAGACAAGGGGUAUGUCACCACUACCGAUAUUAAAGAGUUGCUGCGGGUGUAGUCGCAGCACCGGCGCUGGGAGAGAGCUUUCCCAGUGCUGUAAAAAAACCAUCCCCACGAGGGGAGUAGCAACCAGUGCUGGGAACUCUACACUGCCACUUUAGA